AUGAGUCAGUUAUUUGUCGAUGAAGAUGAUAGAGUUGACGAUAGAAGAGGGUAUAGACCAUCCACAACUACAAUAAAAGAGGAGAAUGAUGAGGAUGAGAGUAGCCCCUCUCUGGAAUAUGUACAAGCUGCAUUGGAGGAAAACGAUGAUGAUGAUCCUAUUAUAGAGUCUAUUCCGUUGGUUAUGAAUCAAGUUCCCUCACCAGCGACGCAAUCCCUACACCUUCUACAAUAUCCAGGAAGACCCAAAACCCGUGUGCUUUCAAACACUCCCGUAUCCGCAUCAAUCAAACCCGAUUCACAUUAUCUCGAUUUAAAACUACCCAUUGAUCCCACCAAAUUUUUCAAUCUACGUAAAGUGGAAGACUGGGGAGAGUCCAUUGAUAAACACUCAAUCUCAGGCGUGUUGGAUCCAACAGAGCAAGGAAUUUAUGCCGCCAAAGUUGUUAAUGAUGGUGUUGAGCGUAAAGUGGUUUUGAUUCCUAUUGAUUCAACUGCUCAGCUACGUACAUCGUUCAAAUACAUUGAUGAUUUGGAUAAAGAAACAAUGCAACAGCGCAAAUUGGAAGCACAACAGGAAAGGCAUCAAGAACGACCAAGUGUACAGAUUUUGCAAACUGCUGCUAAACAUUCAACUCAAAAUCAAGAUAGCCAUAGCCAUUCAUUGGGAGAUUCAUUAAAAUCAAUGAAAAAAUUUGACGAGGAAGAGUGGAAGCACUUGACUUGGAAAACAGGUGAUACUAUGGUGGAGAGUUUGAAGUUGCAGUUGAGCGAUGGGGCCAAUGGUAUUCAUUUACACAAUGAUACAAGUUACGAUGAAUUUAUAGAUCAUUUGUACAACUAA